UACCAUUCCAUGACCGAGUCCGAUUGAUGUGUCAUGUCGUGGGUCAGUAAUACUAGGAGCGGAAAUAAGCAAUUAAUGCACCUUCUAGAGUAUUCUUGGUCAAAGGAUAAUCCAAAUCUUCAUUCCUUCGUGAUUCGGUUUCUCAACCUAUAAAUACUUACACGUACAGCUUUUUCAUCUCAUUGUAUAUUUUCCAGAAAGUCAAAAAAGAGAGAGAAAAAAACUAGAGCGAUGGGAUCACAGGACGGUUUCAAUGGAUGCGAACAACCAGAGGCGCUUCUGCUUUGUCAAAACAGAUGUGGUUUUUUUGGAACAGCAGCGAAUAUGAACAUGUGCAGCAAGUGUUACAGAGAUUAUCUAAAAGCAGAAGAACAAUCUGCUUUAGCCAAAGCCGCUUUUGAGGAGUCUGCCAACCCUGAGAAAGUUUUGACAACCUCUCCAACCAAAUCAGUGGACUCUACCGAUGUUGCUGUGAAGGAAACUACUGCGGUUUUGUUGAGUUCUGGAUCAUCAUCAUCGGCAACAUCUGGAGGAGAAAGUGGUGCAGUAGCGAAGAACAGGUGUUUUAGUUGUAACAAGAAGGUGGGAUUGACAGGGAUCACGUGCAAGUGCGGAUCAGUUUUCUGCUCGCUUCAUCGCUACCCGGAGAAGCAUUCAUGUGAUUUCGACUACAAGAGCGUAGGAAGAGAAACGCUUGCAAAAUUGAAUCCUCAAGUCAAGGCAGACAAGAUAGGAAGGUUUUAAUUAUAUGGAUUGGGGUUCUUAGGAUUAGUUUUAUUUCUUCUUGAAUUGUGAAUAUAAGUAAAUUUAAUUUGAUUCGAUUAAAACUUCUGGACA